UCCCCAGAGGUGGUAAAAGAGACCGUCUGUGGCCGUUGAAACAUCAUUCCGCUUUCCUCCAGCUUCGAGAACAGUGCAAAAGUGGUACGCCAAUUUACUUCAGCUAUUUUUAACCAUGGAUGACAUGGCAAUCGCGAAGACUAAAAAGAACCUACCGCCGUUCAAGAACUGGCCAAAAGUAGCUCCACAGAUUAUGUGCGCCACGUCUGCUUCUUGGGCCAUGUUAUGUGCCGGUCUUGUUCGUGGAUGGAGUUCGUCAGCUAUCCCGCAACUGACAGUACAGAAUAAUGAAACGCUAUAUCUAGAACAAGAAGAAGCUGUCUGGUUAACUUCCAUGCCACCACUGUGCGCCAUUUUCGGCAGCGUGUUGAUUGCAUUUCCGAUGGAAAUGUACGGCCGACGCCUCACGUUGGCCACCAUCUCGAUACCCUACAUCGUGGGAUUUUAUCUAAUGGGAUUAUCUUAUUACAUCAAUUCAACAAUACUUCUCUUCGUUGGUCGUAUCGCCACCGGCUUGAUGAUCGGAGCUUCCAUGCUCCCUUCCCAGAUUUACGUGAGCGAAUGUUCUUCGCCUAGGGUGCGCGGAGCAUUGGGCUCUUUUACGUCCACUUUUAUUUCGAUUGGUAUCUUAAUCGCCUACAUUAUUGGAGCUGUUGUCGAAUGGCACAUUAUGUGCUUCCUCAUUGGAUCCCUGCCAAUUGUUUUGGGUGUCACAAUGAUGUUAAUGCCAGAAACACCCCCCUGGCUCUUUUCACGGAAUCACGAAACUCAAGCCAAGGACGCCCUUCAUCGACUUCGUGGCAAGUACACAAAUAUUGAAGUGGAAUUUCAGCGUAUCAAAACCAACGCCAGCUCGCAGUUGAACAAUUCCAGCUAUGCUAAGAUCCUGACUAGCGGUCAUUUGAUGAAGCCUCUGCUAAUUACAAUGGCACUCAUGUUCUUCCAACAGUCCAGCGGCAUAACCGCCAUUCUCUUUUAUUCGGCCAGUGUUUUCCAGGAUGCUGGCAGCAGCCUUGAUCGUUUUUUAUCCAGCAUUAUAAUUGGCGUCGUGCAAGUGGUUUUUACAGGGCUUUCAGUUUUAUUGGUGGACCGAUUCGGACGUCGUGUAUUGCUCAUGGUUUCAGGAGUUCUUAUGGCAGUCUCGCUUGGUGGUUUGAGUGCUUUUAUUUAUGUGAAAAAUGCAUGGGAAGAGCUAUUUGAAGUCGAUAAAAGUACCGGGGCGGAGUCGUUUGACAUUUCGUCAUUGGGCUGGAUUCCUCUACUUUGCCUCAUCUCUUUCAUGAUUGCAUAUUCCAUCGGUUUCGGCGCUGUACCUCCACUUAUAAUGGGCGAAGUGUUUCCACUGGAAUACCGUCAUCGACUGGGUACCAUCUCGUCAGCUUUCAGCCUGGCCUGCACUUUCAUUGUGGUACAAACUUUUCCUGAGAUGUCAGCAUCUUUGGGACUGAGCUGUGUUUACGGUAUCUAUGCGGCUUGGAGUCUGGUAGCCGUUUUAUUUGUUGCAUUUUUUUUGCCGGAAACUAAAGGCAAGACAUUGGAAGAAAUCAACGAAAUUUUUGGUCAGCCGUCAGUAAAUGAAAUAACGUCGUCUGCUGACAAACUCGAUGGCUCCGAAGAGGAUUCUCAAGUGCACGAUCCAAAGCCAAACUGCAAAAUUGAUUCAAUUUAGGAAGAAAUCCACCAUAUCCCAUAUCGCUCACUAGACUAAAAGCUAUGUUCGGGGGUUGGCAACUGUUUCAAAAGUCCCAGCCAAGAAUCAGUUUGAAUCUUAAGCUAAAACGAGAAAUUUUACACCAUGUUCGUGGAUCUUGAGCCAAAUUUGUGGAUUGUUACGCCAAAUUUGAGGAGCUUAGGCUAAAAUUCAGACCAAAACUGUGAAUUUUAAGCCAUUUUUAAAGCCAAUAUUUUGUAAUUGACAGUACAUUUCUUUCAAAUGCCCCCUUUAAAUUUAAAUGAAAUGUCACGAACAUUUUCCGUUUAGUUGACGUUAACUCCCAUUAGUUUUGCCAUGGUCAUAGAUCCCAUAUGGGGUCUAUGACUCUGGUUUUAUGUCAUUAAAUUCUAUUUGAAGUUAAUGACAAAUUUCCCCAUUGACACCAGAUUCUCGUUUGUUAAUCCCAGUGGUCAAUGAUAUUAUUAAUUAUUUUCUUUUCGAAGGAGUAAUUUUUACGCUUUCAUUCUUAUUUAAAUAAAUUUUGCUGCAUACUGUGGUUCUUGCAUACUUCAAUAAAUUUUUUAAAACAUA